GCGACAUCAGCAACAGGAAUACAUCGACAACAAACUGAGCCAUGCUAGUUACGUUAGCUAGCAGUAAAAAAAAAAAGAGUAACCAUAGAUCAGGAAUCAGACCGAACAACAAAAAAAAUCAGAGUGUGAUGAAUAGCCAAGUAUAUAUUCAAUAAUUAAUAAAAGUUCGAGCGACACAACUUCAGAAACAUCUGGACUAUUUUGAGGAUUGAUUACAGUGUUUGAUUCAAACGAGGUUGUAUUACCCUACAUUUUGGUGUAUCCUGAGAAGGGGAGAAGGCCAUACUUACUAGAGUGGGCCCAGAAAAUGUUAAAGAAAUGAUAGCAGCACAGGAGUUGCACACAGAGUUUCAGUUUCCUCAGGAGGCUGAUACACAGUUGUCCUCUGACACAGACCUUGAGGACCCUGAUGUCAAAAAUGCAAAGCUUGGGAAAGGAAAGGCGGGUAAGAAGGGGAAGAAAGCCCCUGGAGAGAAGGGAAAGGGUGGGGCAGCGAAGGGUGCUGGCCUUGGCCGGGUGAAUGGUCACCACCAGGAGAAUGGGAUGGAGAACAUGACCCUGUUCGAGGUGGUGAAAAUGGGGAGGAGUGCCACGCAGUCUGUCGUUGAUGACUGGAUUGAGUCUUACAAGAACGAUCGAGACAUUGCACUCCUGGACUUGAUCAACUUCUUCAUCCAGUGCUCCGGCUGUAAAGGUGCUGUCAGUGCAGAGAUGUUCAGGCACAUGCAAAACUCUGAAAUAAUCAGGAAGAUGACUGAGGAGUUUGACGAGGACAGCGGGGACUACCCGUUAACCAUGGCAGGGCCACUGUGGAAGAAGUUCAAGUCGAGCUUCUGUGAGUUUAUCGGGGUGCUGGUGCGGCAGUGUCAGUACAGCAUCAUCUAUGAUGAGUACAUGAUGGACACGGUUAUCUCGCUGCUCACGGGCCUGUCUGACUCACAGGUCCGAGCCUUCAGACACACCAGCACCCUGGCAGCCAUGAAGUUGAUGACCGCCUUGGUGAACGUGGCUCUGAACCUGAGCAUCAACAUGGACAACACUCAGAGGCAGUACGAGGCAGAGAGGAACAAGGUCAUGGCCAAGAGGGCCAAUGAUAGGCUGGAGCUCCUUUUACAGAAGCGUAAAGAGCUUCAAGAAAAUCAAGAUGAAAUUGAAAACAUGAUGAAUGCGAUUUUCAAAGGAGUGUUUGUUCACAGAUAUCGUGAUGCCAUAGCUGAAAUCCGUGCAAUCUGCAUUGAGGAGAUUGGGGUAUGGAUGAAGAUGUACAGCGAUGCUUUUCUCAAUGACAGUUAUCUGAAGUAUGUCGGAUGGACCAUGCAUGACAAGCAAGGUGAAGUGCGUCUCAAGUGUCUGACUGCGCUCCAGGGCCUGUACUAUAACCGGGAGCUCAACACUCGGCUGGAGCUUUUCACCAGCCGCUUCAAGGACCGCAUUGUGUCGAUGACUCUGGAUAAGGAGUAUGAUGUUGCAGUGCAAGCCAUAAAACUUCUGACUCUUGUCUUGCAUAGCAGUGAUGAGGUCCUGACAGCAGAGGACUGUGAGAGUGUCUACCAUCUGGUCUACUCUGCUCAUCGACCUGUGGCUGUGGCUGCAGGAGAGUUCCUCUAUAAGAAGCUUUUCAGCCAUCGAGGUCCAGAGGAGGAAGGGAUGCCCAGGAGGGGCAGGCAGAGCGUCAACGGGAACCUCAUCAAGACCACCGUCUUCUUCUUCCUGGAGAGUGAGCUCCAUGAGCACGGGGCCUACCUGGUGGACAGUCUGUGGGAGUGUGCAGGGGAGCUGCUAAAAGACUGGGAGAGCAUGAUCAGCCUGCUGCUGGAUGAGCCCAUGCCAGGGGAGGAGGCCCUGACUGACCACCAGGAGACUGCUCUGAUAGAGAUCAUGCUGUGUGCCAUCCGCCAGGCCUGUGAGUGCCACCCUCCAGUGGGCAGAGGCACAGGGAAGAGGGUCUUGACAGCGAAGGAGAAGAAAACCCAGCUGGAUGACCGGACGAGAAUCACUGAGAUUUUCGCUGUGGCGUUGCCUCUGUUGUUGGCUAAGUACUCUGUUGAUGCUGAGAAGGUGACCAACUUACUGCAGCUGCCGCAGUUCUUUGACCUGGAAAUCUACACCACUGGUCGAUUGGAAAAGCACUUGGAGUCGUUGCUGCGUCAGAUCAGGGAGGUGGUGGAGAAGCACACAGAGACUGACGUGCUGGAGGCGUGCUCCAUGACCUACCACGCUCUCUGCAACGAGGAGUUCACCAUCUUCAACAGGGUGGACAUUGCCAGGUCCCAGCUACUGGACGAGCUGGUGGACAAGUUCAACAGACUCCUGGAGGACUUCCUACAAGAGGGUGAGGAACCAGAUGAGGAUGAUGCCUACCAGGUCCUGUCCACACUGAAGAGGAUCACUGCGUUCCACAAUGCGCAUGACCUCUCUAAAUGGGACCUGUUCACCAGCAACUAUAAGCUAUUAAACACAGGACUUCAGAAUGGUGAUAUGCCUGAGCAGAUUGUCAUUCAUGCGAUGCAGUGCACACACUAUGUCAUCCUGUGGCACCUAGCCAAGGUUUCAGAGGGCAGCUCCACAAAGGCGGACAUGGUGACCCUGAGGAAGCAGAUGAGGGGUUUCUGUCUGAUGUGCCAGAGCUACCUCACCAGUGUCAACACCACCGUCAAAGAGCAGGCCUUCACCAUCCUGUGUGACGCCCUGAUGAUCUUCAGCCACCAGAUUGUGUCGUCGAGCCGGGAGCAGCUGGAGGCUCUGAUCUACACGCCAGACUCCUCCCUGCAGGCCGAGCUGCUCAACUUCAUCCUGGACCACGUCUUCAUCGACCAGGACGACGACAACAACAGCACAGAUGGGCAGCAUGAUGAUGAAGCCAGUAAAAUCGAGGCUUUACACAAGAGGCGGAACCUGCUGGCAGCGUACUGCAAACUGAUCAUUUACAAUGUAGUGGAGAUGAACACUGGAGCUGAUAUCUUCAAGCAGUACAUGAGGUACUACAACGACUAUGGAGAUAUCAUCAAGGAAACGAUGAGUAAAACAAGACAAAUUGACAAGAUCCAGUGUGCCAAGACCCUCAUUCUGAGUUUGCAGCAGCUUUUCAAUGAGAUGUUAUCUGACCUCGGCUGCAACUUUGACCGCUCGUCGUCGUCCUUCUGCGGCAUUAAAGAACUGGCCCGACGUUUCUCGUUGACCUUUGGCCUGGAUCAGCUGAAGACCAGAGAGGCUAUCGCCAUGUUACACAAGGAUGGAAUCGAGUUUGCCUUCAAGGAGCCCAGUCCCCAGGGAGAGGGAAACCCUCCUCUCAACCUAGCCUUCCUAGACAUUCUCAGCGAGUUCUCCUCUAAACUGCUGCGUCAGGACAAGAAGACUGUUCACCUCUACCUGGAGCGGUUUAUGACCUUCCAGAUGGCCUUGCAGCGAGAGGACUGCUGGCUGCCCCUCAUCUCCUACAGGAACUCCCUGCAGGCCGGAGGGGACGACGACACCAUGUCCGUCAUCAGCGGCUACAGCAGCCGAGGUUCCAGCAUCAGGAGCAAGAAGGCUAAGCCAGCCAGCACCGGGAAGAGGAAACUGCCUGAAGAGGAGAGUAGCAGCUGCAGUACAGACGCUGUGUGGAUGAACCGGGAGCAGAAUGUGCAAACGCCAGUGAUGAUGCCCUCGCCUCAUCUCAGCUCCACUGUGCUGAGGGACCCCAAGAAAAUGAGGCCGGAGGAGAGUUACAUGGGCGUCUACAGCAUAACAUCCGAGCAGCAGCAGCAACCGCUGCCCCCCCAGCAGCAGCACCAUCAGACCCCCAUGGACUACAAUACCCAGGUGACCUGGAUGCUAGCCCAGAGACAGCAGGCAGAGGCCCGGCAGCAGCAGGAGCGAGCCAGCAUGCAGUAUGCCAAGAUGAGAAGCCACAUGCAGCAUGCAAUCCGCCGCAGUUCAGGACUCAUGGAGGACGAUGAGGAGCCAAUAGUAGAGGAUGUAAUGAUGUCAUCAGAGGACCGUUUGGAAGAUCUCAACGAGGGCAUGGAUUUCGACACUAUGGAUAUUGAUCUGCCACCAUCGAAAAAUCGUAGAGAGAGAUCGGAGCUGAAGCCUGACUACUUUGACCCUUCUUCCAUCAUGGAUGAUUCGGUCCUCAAUGUUUCAAUGUUCUAAGCUGAUCUGCAUGAAGAGGACACUGUGUUGUCACCGAAAACCUUUUUGAUGACCAGAAGUAUUCUCUGUAGAGAACUGCUUUAAGAUAAGCUCAUGGGACUAUUUGCUUGUGAGGCAGCAAUGGAUGCCCUUUCGACAUCAUGUUUGAAUUUCACCUUUACUUUUGUCAAUCAAUGGGCAGGUUUUUGUGUCAUGUAAAUACGUAGUGUCUGACAUACUUUUAAAAGAUAAAAUCUGGCAUGGCAUGUAGCCAUAUAUUAAAACAUAUACAGUAAGAGAAAAUGUGAAAUGUCUUCAUAUUGUUGGAAGACCUUUUUUUAAAGGUUAAUCUGUUCUGCUUUUAUAACAUAUAGAAGACUUUGAUUUAUAGAUAUUUUGUAAUGACAAUCAGAUGUAAAUCAGUACUUUAUAAUCAUGUUAUUACUCAUAGAGAGUACAGAAAUGACCUUUGUAAUGGAAUUUCUGGUGGGUAACAACAGAUGUGGCCUGCAGUUUAUUUCUUUUUUUCCAGUGUUAUAGAUGAGACCUCUUGAUGAACUGAUAAUGCCCAAAUGCCAUUUGACCAAUUGACAGGCUUAGUUUGAAUUCUGAUUUGCUUUUAAAGGUUUGAUGAUUUGAAUGCUGUGUGACUUUUUGAAGAGUGGUACAAAUGUAUACUGUGCAGAGGGGUUGUAUAAAAGAGCGGUCGAAAUGUUCUCUGUUGUCUGUAAGAGAAAGCUUGUUUCUAGAAUGUUUCUAAAACACAACAUUUUAAGAGUUUGGAUUAGCUAUCAUGGUAUCAUAAUAUAUUAUUAUAUAUAAGUAAAUAUAUAAUUACAUAUUAUACAGUUAUAAAAAUGUGUAAUAUAUUGUGAAUCGGUGCUCAUUUUAUAUUAGUUCAGUUUUUGUUAAUUUGAAAUCCAAUUUAGGAAAAGGUUCAAUAGAAUGUAAACUGGUUUAAAUUAACCUAACUAAUGUGCAGUUAUGUAUAAGAAUUGACCUUUGUAUUUGUAUGUUUUUGUUUGUCUUUUCUAAGGAUUCUUGUUUGAAUAACUUUUCUUUACCUCUAUGUACAUUAGGUUGGUUUGCGGUUCCCAACAAGCUUUUUUGGAGGAAUAAAAUUGUAAUCAUGAAUAUUGUAAAUUAUAGUUUUAUAAACAGCUUAAAACACAGCCUCCUUUUUAAAAGUAAAAAUCUCACAUCAAAAUCUAAAUACGAAACUACAAACCAGAGUUUCAUAUUUUUCAUUAUUUAGAUUGUAGCAAGGUUAGACAGUAAAUAAAUAAAUAAUUGAAAUGCAUAAUUUCACUUAAAUUUGAUGUAUGCGUCAUACUGUCAUUUUGAUAUUUUCCUUUCUGUUGUCCUUGCAUUGAACUGCUGAAAGUGUGCAUACGUCUGUAUGUGUAUGUAUACACACAUAGAUAUAUAUAUUCAAAUGUAUAUACAUAUGUGUUUUUUAUUCUAUUUACAAAGUGUCCACUGUACCAUUUAUGGUUUGUAUUUAUGUCUGGAGACAGUAACUUUUUGAACAAAAUAAACCCCCUGCAAUUGUGUGAUGAUUUGAGUGUUAUCAGUUUUUAGUAGGUCUAUAGAGCUCACCAGCUUGUAUUCCCAAAACCCAGAAAUGAGUUACCUGUAGUUUGUUCAGCCGUCCCUAUGGGAAAAAAUAACAGGGUUUUGGAAUAUACACAGGAAAUAAAGUCUGAGGUUAACACAG